AUUGGAUGGAAGCGAUACGACUGCGCUCUCAUGGAGGGCCACAGGCGUCCUACAAAGCGGGAAGUUCUACGAGUGCUAAUGUCAAUUUUCGACCCUCUUGGCCUCAUCGCUCACUUUCUUAUGUUCCUGAAAGUGUUGCUGCAGGAAGUGUGGCGCUCUGGCGUGCAAUGGGACGAGGAGAUAACCAAUGACGCAUUUACAAAAUGGCAGCGCUGGUUGAAGUUGUUGCCGCAAGUAGAGCAAGUUCGAAUCCCCAGAUGCUAUAGCUCGCUAAUCCAGAACCCUGAAGAUGAAGCAGAGCUCCAUAUUUUCGCUGAUGCCAGUGAAGGCGGAAUGUCCGCUGUCGCCUAUCUACGGUUUGUCAAGCGCCAGACCAUCGAAUGUAGGAUCGUUGCAGCAAAGACUAGGGUAGCACCUUUGAAGUUCGUGUCCAUUCCCCGACUGGAGCUACAGGCUGCUGUAGUUGGUGCUAGGCUAGCUCACACGAUUGCGGACGCCCUGUCUUUGAAAAUAUCCAGGAAGUAUUAUUGGACCGACUCUCGCGAUGUACUUUGUUGGCUGAAUGCGGACCAUCGUCGAUACACGCAGUUUGUUGCAUUCCGUGUCAGUGAAAUUUUGGAGACUACCGAGGCAAAUGAGUGGCGCUGGGUACCAUCUAAAAUGAAUGUUGCAGACGACGGUACCAAGUGGGGCUCCCGGCCCGACCUUACACCCGAUAGCAGAUGGUUCGUAGGCCCAGAAUUCCUAUGGCUACAAGAGACGGACUGGCCCCAGCAACCUACGGAAAACCGCUCUACAGAGGAGGAACUUCGUCCUAGUUUCCUUGCCUGUCACGUUCCCUGUGAACCACUUGUGAAUCCAAGAGAUUUUUCUGGCUGGAAGCGUAUGCUAAAUGCCACUGCCUUCGUCAUCCGAUUCCCGACUAACUGUCGCCGCAAAAUCUUCAGAAAGCCAACUAUCAGUGGGCCCGCAACGAAGGAUGAACUAGUUUCUGCUGAAGCUUACCUUCUGCGCUCAGCUCAACGCGAUGGGUAUCCAGAAGAGAUUGCCAUCUUGGAGAAAUCACAGCAUACCCCCAGUAACUCUAGAACAAUACCGAAGCAGAGCAGCGUUUAUCAGUUAACGCCAUGGUUAGAUAGCAGAGGAUUGAUGCGAAUGCGGACAAGGAUUGCAGCCUGCCAAUACGCCACGGAAGAUGCAAAGAAACCAAUCAUCCUACCACGUGACCACCCAACCACAAGCUUAAUAAUUGCGUACUACCACCAAAAAUUCCAUCAUCAGAAUCAUGAAGCAGUGGUCAACGAGCUCCGACAGAAAUUCUACAUUCCACGCAUCCGUGCUGCCUAUGCCAAGGUAAAGAAGAACUGCCAAAGAUGUAAAAACGACCAUGCAAAUCCACGACCACCAAUUAUGGCCGAUCUUCCGACAGCACGGCUUGCAGCGUACUCGCCACCCUUUACACAUACAGGGAUUGAUUUCUUCGGGCCGUACGAAGUAACCGUUGGUAGACGCACUGAAAAACGUUGGGGAAUGCUCGCAACGUGUUUGACCAUCCGGGCAAUCCAUCUCGAACUGGUUCCUUCUUUAACCACAGACUCCUGCAUAAUGGCUAUCAGAAAUUUCAUGGCACGCCGUGGUACGCCCAGUGUAAUAUAUAGCGAUAGAGGAACCAACUUCAUUGGGGCAUCCCGACAGAUGAAAGAGGCCGCCGCAGCAGUUAACGUGGACGACAUAAUGAAGGAGUUCACUUCUGUCGAUACAACUUGGUCGUUUAACCCACCCCUUGCGCCACACAUGGGAGGCAGCUGGGAGCGACUAAUAGGAAGUGUAAAACGAAACCUACAGAAGAUCAACCCUCCCAGAAACCCAACCGAUGAAGUCCUGCGCAACGUUCUAAUCGAAGUUGAAAACACCAUCAACUCUAGACCGCUAACCCAUGUCCCGGUCGAUGAUGACAGUGCCCCAGCCUUGACACCGAACCAUUUCCUUCUUGGUUCCUCAAACGGGAUCAAGCCCUAUACUACUUUCGACGACAGCAGCAGUGCUCUCCGCCAAAACAUCUUAGCCUCCCAGGUACUAGCCAACACGUUCUGGAAGCGUUGGCUAAAUGACUAUCUGCCAGAAAUCACCAAACGGUCCAAGUGGUUUUGUCAAACCACUCCAGUAGCCGUAGGAGACGUGGUAGUGAUCGCCGACCCUCGGCUACCUCGCAACUGCUGGCCUAAGGGAAAGGUCAUCGAAACUCAUCCGGGCAAAGAUGGAGAAGUUCGCUCAGCAACAGUACGAACGUCUACAGGAGUCUACGUUCGAGCGGUCACCAAACUGGCAGUUCUGGACGUAAGGCGCGAAGGAAGUAAGCCAGCCUGAGGACUGGCGUACCCGGGGGGAGUGUGAACUGUUCUAACAGUGCGCGCCCAUUGUGUCUGUGCCUCUGUAGCAGCCCUGUCUUCGCAGCUUUGACGACCUGACUUGGGAGUGACAGAACGACCGACUGUCACCAUCGUAAGUAGAUGAUUAGACAAAAGACAUCACGUUGAUUGAUAACACGGAGUGAAAUACUGCUAUCUGAAGUUAUUUUCUAUAAUUAAGUUCUAAAGUUAUUUUCUAUACUUAAAUCCCUAUUUGAUCUUAAACUACUUACAAGUGAAAUCAGGUAUAUGAAAUGUUUCGUGUAUACAAGCCUUAAUCUAAUAGAUUUUCUUGAAUUAGUGCGUAUUACUACAGUGCAAGUACUUUGCAAGCCGCAGAGCGUAUAACCUAUGUUUUCCUAAAGCUAAACCGAAACGCUACUAGGAACACAAAUACCACUCAAGACCCUCCGGAUUACACUAGGGGAAACUAAACGUAAGUUGAAGCUCUAACUAAAUGAAAUACGCUAUGCGACUUAUAUUACGAAACAUACACUUACAUCUGUUAUUAUACUACAAAGUUAUAUGCUUAAUUACCAAUCAACCUUAAAUUGUAAACCUUAAAUUCUACCCUUCUUCCUCUCAUCCUCAUUAUGAUGCAGGAUUUUAUUAAUCUCCUAAAUAAAGAGCCGUAGAUUAUACAUUGCUCUGGAGGUUAAUUUUACGGAAAGAAAAACCCCUUCAGUCUGGGUGACUUGUUGAAACGAACUUCGAC